UAAGAAUCUUUCAAACGCUUAGUCACGCAAAGUUAUACAUAUACACAUAUUGGAUGUUAUACAUAUUAAUCGCAAACGAAAUCGUGCAAAAUGUCAAAAACAAUGAAGGAAUCGUUAAUAUUAUUAAUAAAUAUUGGAGUAACAAAUCCAAAUAUAGAAAAUAAUCAUUCCGCAUUGGAAAAAGCAAAAGAAAUUGCCAAGCGAAAAAUAGAAAAAAUGAUUUUCUUAAGUCCAAAAGAUGAAAUUGCAAUAAUGUUAAUGGGUUCCUCUGUUACAAAAAAUGAUUUAAAUACACAACACGUAGAAGAAUUUACAGAUUUUCAGAUACCAAAUUGGGAUUUUGUAAAAAAAUGUAUGGCUUUAGAAAGGACAAAUCAUUGUUCAAAUUGGGUUGAAGCACUUAUAGCUGCAGUGGAAUUUAUGGAAAAAAAUGUUGUUGAUGUUUCUACAAGGAAAAUCAUUCUGAUUUCUGAUUUUAAUGAAGACGCAGAUAUCAUUUCACAAUUUCAAGCAGAUGCAAUUGCAGAUAGAUUAUCUAAAGGAAAUAUUAAAUUAAUCACAAUAUCAGAGCCUUCAACUAGUCUUACAAUUAGUCGAAAGUUUCUUAAAGAUGUUUAUGAGAAGAUUAAUGGUCAGCAUACAACAUUUGAUAAGGUUUUAUCAGAUUUAAAAUUUUAUACACCAGCAUCAAAAAAACCAUGUCCAUAUUAUUAUACUUUAGAAUUGCUUGAUAAAAAAAUACAUAUUACUUCUUAUAUUAAAAUAGACAUUGAAAAAUUUCCAUCCUGGAAAACAGAAAGCAGAAACAAUGAAAAGUUUGAGAAAAAAACAGAAUACUUAAAUAGGCAGAGAGUUUCUUAUUCGAAGGAUGAAAUUGUAAAAGGAUACAAAUAUGGAGAAACUUUUAUUCCAGUAGAAAAGAAUCUAGAGGAGUGUAUGAGUUAUAAAAGUGGUGGGAAAAGUUAUAAAAUUUAUGGCUUUACAAACAGAAACAAUAUUGAUUUGGAAUAUUUGUAUAAAAGUGCCCCUCAUAUUCUUUUACCAGCCAAGGAAUCAGAGAAUAUAACAAAGCCAUUUUAUAGUUUGGUGCUUGCAAUGCAAAAAACAAAUUCAGUGGCUAUUGUGAGAAAAGUUCUUGGAAAUAAUAGUUCACCUAGAAUGGUUGCGUUGUUUCCUUGUAUUGAUAUUCCUGAUGAACCAUGGUGCUUAGUAGAAAUAGAAUUAGUAUUUGCAGAAGACAGAAGAGUUAUGGAAACAAGAUCCAUGAAGUCAGUGAUGAAACAAUUAUUGGAAGAACAAAAUGAAGCUGUAGAUAGUUUAAUAAAUUCUCUGAUGUUAUCUGAUACACAGGAUAGUUGUGAGAUAGAUGGAAGUCAGUAUUUUUUACCGGGAUAUGUGCCAAAUCCUGAAAUACAACACAAAUGGCACAUAUUAUCGCAUCGUGUUAUUAAUCCGGAUAAACCAUUACCGCCUAUGGAAAAUUAUUUAAAAGAAAUUUUGGAAGUUCCAUCGGUAAAAGAAAGAAGUAAAUCCCAUCUGCAAAAAAUUGUAAAACUAUUUCGAUUAGAGAGUAUAGAUCCAAAAAAAGAAAAAAAUGAAAUUAAGGAACAAGAUAAUAUACAGCUCGAUAAUAAUAUCGAUACCGAAGAAUCUAAUAAAAUAGAAGAUAUAGCUGAUGUUGAAAGUAAUUCGUAUAAAGAAUUAGAAGUUCUGUCUUUGGACACCUCAGAUAUUGAUUUUGAUGAAAUGGCUUGCGGGGAGCGCGAAUCCGCUUCAAUCUCAGUCAACGAAGAGACGGCGUCUCGUGUGGAUCAACAGGUGCUCUUGCCCGCGCAGAACAUAUUCACCAGCAUGGGGACCGCAUAUGCUUGCAGUAUGGUGGUUAUGCUUACCGUAUUCUUUGUAACCGUGGAGGCUGGUGAUAUGAUGCGGAAGAGCAUUGUUUUCGAUAAAAAUACCCCGGAUGUAUUCUACUGUCCGCAACAGAAACCGACUGGCUUCGAGAAGAUGAUCGUGAACGCGAAACCGUUGUCAAGGCUCUGCCAAUUCGAGGGGAAACCGAUUCCACCUGAUUACAAAAGUGACUGUUAUAACGACGUGGACGAGACCGAGUAUGCGUGCAAAGAAAAGUACAGGAUUAUGAUGCGACUACAUCCACCGGGAAGCGAAGCACCAUAUAAUGGUUCACGUUUAUCAAAAUUUUUAACUUUUGAUAAAGAUAUCUAUAAGAAAAGGAAUCAGAUUGAAGAUGAUGUUUGAUAAAAAAAAUUGAUCAUAUACAUUGACAUUCUUUCAGGGUUAUUAUUGGCGAAUACUCGAAUAAUAUAAUAAUUUUUUUUAUAUUCUAAUCACUAUUUUUUAAAUUUAUUAAUAAUUUUUCAAUUUUCGUGAAAUGUCUUUUUCAGUUGAUUUUGUCACAGUGAUAAAAUUUCAUAUAAUAUUUAGUAAUCUCGAUUGUAAAUAAUUCCAGUUACUUUAUGAUUGAUAGUUAAA